AUGGCCCCCAUAGUACCGACUCCAGACUGGGUGAAGGCCCUCAAGCCCUCGGGCCCCCAAGGCUCCGAACUCCUUGCCAAGGAACGCGCCCAGAGCAACAUCCCCGUCGAGAAGCUUUCCGAGUUCCUCUUUUCCAAGGAAGCUUUGGAGCGCAAGCGGAGGAUUCUGCAGAUUCUCGAGGCCGAAAAGGUCUUCGACAAGUCGCAGAACUACUUCCAGGGCCGCAUUGAUCGCAUCGAGACGUCUUUGGCGAGAGCGAAGCGCCUGCGCCAGUUGACUGUCCAGCAUGGGUGGAGCGAAGACGAGUUCCGCGCCGCCGUUGACUUGAUCAGCGAGCCCACCCCCUAUGGCCUGCACGAGAGCAUGUUCCUUGUCACUCUCCGCGACCAGAGCACCCCCGAGCAGCAGAAGCUCUUUUACGAGAAGGCGGCAAACUACGAGUACAUGGGCUGCUAUGCACAGACGGAACUGGGCCACGGUUCCAACGUGCGCGGCCUCGAGACGCUCGCCAUCUGGAACCCCGACGACAAGACCUUCAUCAUCCACUCCCCACACUUGACGGCUGCGAAAUGGUGGAUCGGCUCUUUGGGACGCACGGCAAACCAUGCCGUGGUCAUGGCUCAGCUCAUCAUCAACAACAAGCCCUACGGCCCCCAUCCCUUCGUUGUGCCCAUCAGGGAUCUCAAGACGCAUCAGCCGCUGCCGAACAUCCACAUCGGCGAUAUCGGACCCAAGUUCGGUUACAACACCAUGGACAAUGGUUUCUUGCUCUUUAACAAGGUCAAGAUCCCCCACGUCAACAUGCUUUCCAGAUUCUCCAAGGUCGACCCCAAUACUAGCAAAUACAUUCGCCCCGAGAGACCGGCGCUCGUCUACGGCACUCUGACCUGGGUCCGGAGUAACAUUGUUAUGCAAGCUGGUGGCACUCUUGCACGCGGAGUCACGAUUGCAACGAGAUACUGCGCUGUCAGGAGACAAUUCCAGGACAAGGAUGCGACGGACAAGAAGGCUGGUGAGACGCAGGUCCUGGACUACACCAUGGUGCAGAUCCGUCUCUUGACGCUCCUGGCUGCCACUUAUGCUCUCCACUUCACCGGUAAGAGCAUGAUGGCGCUCUACACGGAGAACCAGAAGAGGAUGAACCAGGAUGUGGGCAAGGCAGGGAGCACCGAGCGUGGUGCAGGCCCCGAGGAGACGCAUUCCGGCAGCGACCUGCUUGCAGACCUGCACGCCACCUCUUGCGGCUUGAAGUCUCUGGCUAGUUCGACUGCUGCCGAGGGUCUCGAGGUCUGCCGUCGUGCAUGCGGUGGUCACGGAUACAGCAACUUCUCUGGCAUCGGCACGUGGUAUGCUGACUACCUUCCUACCGUCACCUGGGAGGGUGACAACUACAUGAUCACGCAGCAGGUUGCGCGGUACCUCCUGAAGUCGGCGCGCAGCGUUCUCAGGGGCGAGAAGGCCACCAACGACACCACGGCGAUCCUCAAGAACUACCUCGACAAGUCUGACAUGGGCGCGGCAUUCGACGUGCUGGGCAAGGAUGAGGACAUUGUCGCCGCCUUCGCAUGGCGUGCGUCGUUCCUGACUUUUGAGGCGCUGAAGCACCGCGACGAGCAGAAGCGGCCGUGGAACGACCUCCUGGUCGAUUUCUACCGCCUGAGCAAGGCGCACUCGCAAUACCUGGUGGUGAAGAACUUCUACGAGUCGCUCCAGGCCACCGAGUUCAACCGCGAGCUCGACCCCGAGACGCAGACGCUCAUGUACAAGCUCUUCCGCCUCUACGCGCUCCACACGCUCGAGAGCGAGGCCUCCGAGUUCUACACGUCCAGCGCCGUCACGGUGCGCCAGAUCCAGCUCGCGCGCACCAACGCCGUCAUGAAGCUGCUCGGCGAGAUCCGGCCGCACGCGGUGCGCCUUGUCGACGCGUGGGACUUCCCUGAUUGGCAGCUUGACAGCUCGCUCGGCCGGGCGGAUGGCAAGGUCUAUGAGGACAUGUUCCACCGCGCUAGCGAGCUGAACCCGCUGAACAGCAUUACGUUCGACCCGUACCCUGAUUCACCCGUGCUGUUCAAGGAGAACAAGAGCCAGGAGUACAAGAGCAAGUUGUGA